AUGAGAGAUGAUAGGUGGGAGGAAUUAUUACAAAAUGUGAAAUCAUUUUGUGAGCAACAUGAUAUUCUAAUUCCUGAUUUAACUGCUUCUUAUGUUGCAAGGCAAGGACGCUUGCGUCACCAAAAAGAUCAUAUUACAGUUGAGCAUUAUUUUAGAGUGGAGAUAUUUUUAGUCACAAUUGAUAAGCAAUUACAAGAGUUAAAUAACAGAUUUAAUGAUCAAGCAAUGGAUCUAUUAAGUUUGAGCUCUACUCUCAUGCCUAAGGAUGUUUUCAAAAAUUUUGACAUUGCUAAGAUUUCUACUCUUGUUGACAACUACUAUUCCGAAGAUUUUACUGAACAAGAGAAGAUUAAUUUGCCUUUUCAGCUUCAGCAUUUUAUUCUUGAUGUUCGUCAGCAUCCAACAAUGAAGAAUUUGUCAACUAUUCAUGAACUAUAUAGAUGUUUAGCAGAAACAAAAAAGUUAAAAGUGUAUUACUUGAUUGAUAGAUUGAUUCGUCUGAUAUUAACUCUUCCAGUUUUUACAGCUACGAUAGAGCGAUCAUUUUCAGCAAUGAAAAUAAUAAAUACAAGGUUAAGAAACAAGAUGGAGGACGACUUUCUUGUGGAUAGUUUGGUUAUUUACAUUGAAAAAGAAAUUGCUGAAAAAUUUAGUUCUGAUUCAAUUAUUGAAGAUUUUAAGUCAUUAAAAACUUGA